AAGGGGCCUCUUCGCAAUUCGCACCACCACCACCACCACCACCACCUCCAGAUCCAACCCGCCGUCGUCGUGGUCUUCCUCCUCCGCCCCGCGACGGCGAGAUCCCCCGCCGCCUUGCCCUGUACUCCGUCGACAAGAUCGUAGAGGAAUUCUCCAUGGACCUUUCCAUGAAUCCCUUCUCGUCCGGCACACGCCUCCGGGACAUGAUACGCGCGAUACGCGCGUCCAAGACGGCCGCCGAGGAGCGGGCGGUGGUGCGGCGGGAGUGCGCGGCGAUACGGGCGGCCAUCAGCGGGAACGACCAGGACUACCGGCACCGCAACAUGGCCAAGCUCAUGUUCAUACACAUGCUCGGCUACCCCACCCAUUUCGGUCAGAUGGAGUGCCUCAAGCUCAUUGCUGCCGCGGGCUUCCCGGAGAAGCGCAUCGGCUACCUCGGCCUCACGCUGCUGCUCGACGAGCGGCAGGAGGUCCUCAUGCUCGUCACCAACUCCCUCAAGCAAGAUCUUAACCACUCCAACCAGUUCAUUGUGGGCCUUGCACUCUGCGCCCUAGGGAACAUCUGUUCCGCUGAAAUGGCGCGUGAUCUGGCCCCUGAGGUGGAGAGGCUGUUGCAAACUAGGGAUCCAAAUACAAAGAAGAAGGCUGCCUUGUGCUCUAUACGAAUCGUAAGAAAAGUUCCAGACUUGGCAGAGAACUUCAUGGGUUCUGCUGCAUCAUUACUCAAGGAAAAACAUCACGGAGUUCUGCUAUCUGCUGUCCAGCUGUGCACAGAACUCUGUAAAGCCAGCAUUGAAGCAUUGGAGUACUUGAGAAAGCGUUGUGUCGAAGGUUUGGUCCGGAUACUGAGAGAUGUGUCCAACAGUUCGUAUGCUCCAGAAUAUGACAUUGCUGGCAUUACAGAUCCAUUCUUACAUAUCCAAGUUCUGAGACUCAUGCGGACCUUAGGUCAAGGGGAUGCGGACUGCAGCGAGUACGUGAAUGAUAUUCUUGCCCAGGUUGCAACAAAAACUGAGUCAAACAAGAAUGCUGGAAAUGCUAUUUUAUAUGAAUGUGUUGAAACCAUAAUGGGCAUUGAAGCUACUAGUGGUUUACGUGUACUGGCAAUUAACAUUCUGGGUAGAUUCUUGUCCAACCGUGAUAACAAUAUAAGAUACGUUGCUCUAAAUAUGCUUAUGAAGGCCAUGUCAGUUGACACGCAAGCAGUGCAAAGGCACAGGUCAACAAUUCUAGAGUGUGUCAAGGAUGCAGAUGUCUCUAUUCGCAAAAGGGCCCUUGAACUCGUUUACUUACUCGUCAAUGACACCAAUGUAAAGCCUUUGACAAAGGAGCUUGUUGAUUACCUAGAAGUAAGUGACGAGGACUUCAAGGAAGACCUCACAGCCAAAAUAUGCUUAAUAGUUGAAAAGUUUUCUCAAGAUAAGUUGUGGUACCUAGACCAGAUGUUCAAGGUUUUAUCUCUGUCUGGAAACUUUGUGAAGGAUGAUGUAUGGCAUGCCCUUAUAGUUCUGAUAAGCAAUGCAUCUGAACUUCAAGGAUACUCAGUGAGAUCGUUAUACAAGGCAUUGCAAGCAUGUGGUGCACAGGAAAGUUUAGUUAGGGUGUCUGUUUGGUGCAUUGGUGAAUAUGGUGAGAUGCUGGUCAACAACAUUAGUAUGCUGGAUGUUGAGGAACCAAUCACGGUAACAGAAUCUGAUGCGGUGGAUGCUGUAGAGCUAGCUCUUAAACGCUACUCUGUAGACGUUACAACACGGGCUAUGUGUCUUGUUGCUCUUUUGAAGCUUUCUUCACGAUUUCCGCCAACUUCAGAGAGGAUACAAGAGAUUGUAGUUCAGAACAAAGGGAACACUGUGCUUGAGCUACAGCAAAGAUCAAUUGAAUUUAAUUCCAUCAUUCAAAGACACCAGUCUAUAAAAUCAUCUUUGCUUGAGCGGAUGCCUGUAUUAGAUGAAGCUAGUUAUUUGGUGAAGCGAGCCACUUCUUCACAAGCGAGUGUUUCAUUAAAUAAAUCUGCUCCAGCAGCCACUCCUGGAGGCUCCCUUAAGCUUCCAAACGGUGUAGCAAAACCACCACCAGCUCCAUUAGCUGAUUUACUUGAUUUAAGUUCUGAUGAUACUCCAGCGAGUACUUCUGCCCCUACUGCAGCGCCUAAUAAUUUCCUACACGAUCUUUUGGGCAUUGACCUGACUGAUUCUUCUAGUACAGGUGGAGCUCCAUCUGCAAGUACAGAUAUUUUAAUGGAUCUUCUAUCUAUUGGUUCAUCUCCUGUACAAAAUGGUCCGCCAACAACAUCGACUGUUAUCUCUCCUGGCCAAGCAGUGACUAAACAUGCUUCUGCAACACCUCAAGUUUUCGAUCUUCUCGAUGGUUUGGCCCCAAGUUCACCACUCCCUGAUGAACAAACAGCUUACCCGCCAAUCACAGCUUUCCAGAGUGCAACUUUGAAGAUCACCUUCAAUUUUAAGAAGCAGCCUGGAAAACCUCAGGAAACUACAAUGCAUGUCAGCUUUACAAAUUUGACUUCUGCUACAUUGACAGAUUUCAUGUUUCAGGCAGCUGUACCAAAGUUCAUCCAGUUGCGUUUGGACCCUGCUAGCAGCAGCACCCUUCCGGCCAGCGGGAAGGGUUCAGUUACACAAAGCCUCAGCGUCACUAACAAUCAACAUGGACAGAAACCAAUUGCUAUGCGGAUCCGGAUUUCCUACAAAGUGAACGGCGAGGACAGGCUGGAACAAGGGCAAAUCAGCAAUUUUCCCGCUGGGUUGUAGUGCCACCUGUGUAUAAUGUUGUGAUAGCUCUUUCAUUGUGCUGCUGGCAAAGGCGAGUUUUUCCUUUUUUCUACCCCUCCAUCAAUUUCUUACCCUUCUGCUUGCCUGUUAGGGAGUUAUGUACACUAGUUGGUUUUUGCCCUUUAUCCUUACCAUAUUGUAUAGUAGCUGGCAGCAAAUUAAUGACAUGUAUCCAGUUUUGCCAAAAUGUAUUUAUACAAAGGUGUAUAUUACACUUGGAGGAUAAUCAAAGUUUUCAGCCUCCAGCUCACUUGAGGCAGCGA